ACGAACUUCAUGAUUUCUCUCGAGAGGACGGAGGUGUAGCAUGAUGUUGGAUUGGACGUUGGAUUUGCCACCUUCAUCCGAUUCAUCGGUGAAGCAUAGUGCAACUAAAUAGAGUGGUAUUCGUUGGCUGUGGCAUUCGUCCAGAGGAGAUAUCGCCUUCAUUGUGUCAAGUUGACAAAUCAAACUAUGUUGCACGCAUAGUUGCUUUGUGGGGGUGUUGACUUAUUAUCUUCAUAAGGAAUUCUUCAUCCUCAGCCAUUUGAGCACGAAAAGCAGGGUGAAACGAGGCAUAUUCUUUUUGAAGAAUCAUGUUUCGAUGCAUGUUGCUCAGCCUUUUGGUGACCUUGGCGGGUGGUGCGUGCUUGCCCAACGCCAUCCCGCCGUCCGAGCGAAAGCUGCUGGAGAACAGCAAUGGUGAGUCCUACCCCUUUGGUGUGUGGAUUGCCAACUAUGCCGCCUCGUAUGCCGCAAACGUGAUGGUCCAAGUGCUCAUCGAGGAAGUCUUCGGGUUCAACACAACCAGUGGCCUUGGCCCUGGGACUGUGAGUGGGUUCUAUGGCGUUGGUGGCUGCCUCAAUCCGAAUGACAACAAUGAUCCUCAAUGUGGGACUGAAGUGCCGACCAAAUAUCACCUCAACAUGGAGGCGUGGGUGAAUGGCUAUCCUUUGGUGUGGAAGAAUCUUCAGCUCGAACACCCGAAAACGGCACCAGAUGAUCUUGGAAGCAUGGGCUAUGCGGGCUAUGCCGGGAGUUUCCUGACAGAGGAGGUCAUCACAACCGCUCACAAGACGGAGGGUAUUGCUUUGCAGUACUACAAAUUUUGGAAUGCAUCGUGGUACGAACCUUCCAAAUACACAAACACGAUCACCGACUUCAAUCUUUCCAGAUGGUUGAAGCCUUGCAUGAACAGCGACUCCGUUUUCAUGGAUGAUACCACCAUGAGGCGGCACAUACAGUUCACAGGCGAUCUUGAUGGACUGGUGUUGAACACCAGCAAUAGCCGAUACUACGCGAAGUGCCAAGAUGGCUAUUUUUGGAGAGCUCCAAGUUGUCGUGGGAAUGCUUCACAAUGUGUCCCUUUUGUCACUGGAGGCUCUGGCUGGUCCAUAGAGGAGAUGAUGCAAAAAAGCGUCGUACUAUACAUGCCCUUGGGCCUAGCAGUGGCUGCUGGAUGGACUGAGUACACCCAAAUUCCAUUCCACUAUCCAAAAAUGCAAGUGUAUUGGUGGGUGCCAGAUCCCAGUUUUCUGGAACUGGCGCCACAGAUGAUGCAAUGGGCGCCCCUUGACAAGCGUGGAUGGGCGAAUGGGUAUCAGGUUUCACAGCUCGGAUCCAUUCCGAUCAAGAAGCUUGUGAGCAGGGACCUGAUGGUUCUGGCUCCGAAUGUGCGAAGCUUCGUGAGCAACAUCAUGAUCUCCCUGAAGCAAAUGGAUGAGAUACUCCUGGACCAGAAGAACACGUCAGCCACCUGGGAGGAUGCCACCUGCAAAUGGCUGCUGGCCAACGAGCCGGUUUGGCGCAGCUGGAUCCCUGAUGAGAGUCAAUGCUUUCCGGGCUUCGGGCUCUACGAUUCGGUGCUGAAAGACUUCGUGGACGCUCGGGAGAAUGCAACGAACAAGAUCAUUUGCCAGGCCUGUGCCUCCGGGACAUAUUCGACGCCCUUGAGCGAUAACGUGGGCGACACCUUCAUUUGCAUGCCCUGUCCUAAAGGCACCAGUCAGCCACUUGGAGCCGCAUCGUCCUGCAAGCCAUGCAAGCAAGGCGAAUAUCAAGGUGAGACAGGACAAAAGACGUGCAACCGCUGCCCCAUCAGUACCUAUCAGGACGAGGAAGGUACCGAAGUGUGCAAGGCUUGCCCAGCAGGAACGACCACUCUUGGCUUACGUCGCACGCCACGUGACACCCCAUGUUCCGCCUUCCAAAAGUGGCACACGCGUGGGGCGAUCCACAACCGGAAUGAAUAUGGCAAGAUUUGGGGCCGUGGAGAAUCUGUUGCUGCCUCUGACUGCGGCUGCGACCAGAACUCCAUUGACAUGGAUCCUACAGAUGCCUUCUGGUGUCAGCCCUGUGGCGAGGGGCUGACUUGCCCAAGCUCGUCCAGUUUGG